UGACUGGCGAGUCCGUCGGCUGCGAAGCUCAGCCGCCAGGAACCUCAGCCCCACAGCCAUUGCCGCCCCUAGAGGGUGGGCAGACUGGACCUUUGGCAAACACUGGCGCCACAGAUGAAUUGAUGGACAAACCAGGGAAGACAGCAUAGUCAUACAUGCUGGAUUUUAAUCCGGUUACACCGAAUCAUUUCACGCUAGACCGACUACGAAAACGUACCGGGCCGUCCACCUCAGAGGGAGCCCCGUGAGCCAUUAUAAGCGGUGGGUGAUCGAUCGUGGCUACCGGCUUCCAAUACUGCCUAGAAGCUGAAGAGGUGGAAUGCCGAGGAGAAACCGUCACACGGUCACCCGCGCGUGAGCGCGGAUCUUGGCGUGGAGAGAGACAUACGGAGCGCGCACGUGUUACCUGCUUUAUUUCGGGACUGUUUGGUACUGUGUUCGCGCUGGGCAGCUCUCCGCACGGAAGGCCGCCCCCGCACGCCGCCCUCAGCCCCACUUCGCAGCCGAGCUCGCCGAGGGCCUCAGAAACCACUUUUGCUACAUGCCUUGCCAGCGCCGGAGCCUGCGGUCCAACUGCGCUGCUGCCGGAGCGCUCAGUGCCGCCGCCGCCGCCGCCGCCUGCUCCCCCCGCGCCCCGCUUCGAACCCACCGGCCGCCCGCCGCGCCGCUACCCGGCUACCGCGCCGCCGCCGCCGCCCCCCGACGCCUGGGUGAUGCUGGACAUGGGAGAUAGGAAAGAGGUGAAAAUGAUUCCCAAGUCCUCGUUCAGCAUCAACAGCCUGGUCCCCGAGGCCGUCCAGAACGACAACCACCACGCGAGCCACGGCCACCACAACAGCCACCACCCCCAGCAUCACCAUCAUCAUCAUCACCACCACCACCCGCCGCCGCCCGCGCCCCAGCCGCCGCCGCCUCCCCAGCAGCAGCAGCAGCCACCCCCGGCCCCGCAGCCCCCGCAGGCACGAGGCGCCCCAGCAGCCGACGACGACAAGGGCCCACAGCCGCUUCUGCUCCCGCCGCCCGCCGCCCUGGACGGGGCCAAGGCCGACGCGUUGGGAGCCAAAGGCGAACCGGGCGGUGGGCCGGCCGAGCUGGCGCCCGUCGGACCGGACGAGAAGGAGAAGGGCGCGGGUGCCGGGGGGGAGGAGAAGAAGGGGGCGGGCGAGGGCGGCAAGGACGGGGAGGGGGGCAAGGAGGGCGACAAGAAGAACGGCAAGUACGAGAAGCCGCCGUUCAGCUACAACGCGCUCAUCAUGAUGGCCAUCCGGCAGAGCCCGGAGAAGCGCCUGACGCUCAACGGCAUCUACGAGUUCAUCAUGAAGAACUUCCCCUACUACCGCGAGAACAAGCAGGGCUGGCAGAACUCCAUCCGCCACAACCUGUCCCUCAACAAGUGCUUCGUGAAGGUACCCCGCCACUACGACGACCCGGGCAAGGGCAACUACUGGAUGCUGGACCCGUCCAGCGACGACGUGUUCAUCGGCGGCACGACCGGCAAGCUGCGACGCCGCUCCACCACGUCUCGGGCCAAGCUGGCCUUCAAGCGCGGGGCGCGCCUCACCUCCACCGGCCUCACCUUCAUGGACCGCGCCGGCUCCCUCUACUGGCCCAUGUCGCCCUUCUUGUCCCUGCACCACCCCCGCGCCAGCAGCACUUUGAGUUACAACGGCACCACGUCGGCCUACCCCAGCCACCCCAUGCCCUACAGCUCCGUGUUGACUCAGAACUCGCUGGGCAACAACCACUCCUUCUCGACCGCCAACGGGCUGAGCGUGGACCGGCUGGUCAACGGGGAGAUCCCGUACGCCACACACCACCUCACGGCCGCUGCGCUCGCCGCCUCCGUGCCCUGCGGCCUGUCGGUGCCCUGCUCCGGGACCUACUCCCUCAACCCCUGCUCCGUCAACCUGCUCGCGGGCCAGACAAGUUACUUUUUCCCCCACGUCCCGCACCCGUCAAUGACUUCGCAGACCAGCACGUCCAUGAGCGCCCGGGCCGCGUCCUCCUCUACGUCGCCGCAGGCCCCCUCGACCCUGCCCUGUGAGUCCUUAAGACCCUCUUUGCCAAGUUUUACGACAGGACUGUCCGGGGGACUGUCUGAUUAUUUCACACAUCAAAAUCAGGGGUCUUCUUCCAACCCUUUAAUACAUUAACAUCCCGGGGACCAGACUGUAAGUGAACGUUUUACACACAUUUGCAUUGUAAAUGAUAAUUAAAAAAAUAAGUCCAGGUAUUUUUUAUUAAGCCCUCCCCCCCCAUUUCUGUACGUUUGUUCAGUCUUUAGGAUUGUUUACUAUUCUAACAAGGUGUGGAGUGUCAGCGAGGUGCAAUGUGGGAGAAUACAUUGUAGAAUAUAAGGUUUGGACGUCAAAUUAUAGUAGAAUGUGUAUCUAAAUAGUGACUGCUUUGCCAUUUCAUUCAAACCUGACAAGCCUAUCUCACAGGGCUGCCAGAUUUCCAUGUGUGCAGUAUUAUAAGUUAUCAUGGAACUAUCUGGUGGACGCAGGCCUUGAGAACAACCUAAAUUAUGGAGAGAGUUUAAAAAUGUUACACUGUAAUUUGUAUUUAAGAAUUUGUAGUAAAGGUGCCCAAGAAAUUAUAUUGGCCAUUUAUUGUUUUGUCCUUUUCUUUAAAGAACUGUUUUUACCUUUUGUUUACUUUUAGACCAAAGAUUGGAUUCUAGCAAAUGCACUUGGUAUACUAAGUAUUAAAACAAACAAACAAGCGAAAAAGGAAAGUUGUUUAGUUGGCAACACUGCCCAUUGAAUUGAAUCGGAAGGGGACAAAUUAAGGAUUGCCUUCAGUUUGUGUUGUGUAUAUUUCGAUGUAUGUGGUCACUAACAGGUCACUUUUAUUUUUUCUAAAUGUAGUGAAAUGUUAAUACCUAUUGUACUUAUAGGUAAACCUUGCAAAUAUGUAACCUGUGUUGCGCAAAUGCCGCAUCAAUUUGAGUGAUUGUUAAUGUUGUCUUAAAAUUUCUUGAUUGUGAUACUGUGGUCAUAUGCCCGUGUUUGUCACUUACAAAAAUGUUUACUAUGAACACACAGAAAUAAAAAAUAGGCUAAAUUCAUAUAUAUCUUGA